AUGGUGGACUUCCCUCCCGAGGUGUGGCAUUGCGUAUGCUCCCAUCUCACCGCGCAUGAGGCCCGCCAGGUGCGUCUGGUCUGUCGCUUGAUCAACAAGAUCGCACUCUGCCACUCCUUUCCCAAGAUAACCUUCUAUCUCCACCAGGAAGACCUUGCCUUUUUGCAGAAGAUUGCCAACUCUCCCAUUUUGGCCAGGAAUGUCAAGCAGCUUACAUACAUCUCAAACCUCAUGAACACCGAUAUGAUUCUAGACGACUUUGUUCAGGCACGCAGGCAGGCCGAGAAGAUGGACAAGGAAUAUGCGAUGAUGCGGAAGACACUGUAUGUCUCGAAGCGUCUCACAAAAUCAGAGCUCGCCGUCUGCUACUACAAAAACUACAUUCCGACAGUGAACCAACAGGAAGAGGCACUGGCCAAGUUCCUAGACUUCGAAUGUCUGGCAAAAGCACUACCCAGCUUCAAGAGUCUGGAGGAGGUCACAAUGUCAGGUGGUAUAACUUAUUGUGCAGGCCGCGAUACAAAAACUCCCUUUGCCAACUGUCUUGUUGAACUCUCAAAGCAUCUCAAACCUGAUGGUUGUAGACACUUAGAGGCUCUGAUCCACGGCUUACAGGGUCUCGACCAUAAGCUGCAGCGUCUGAAUGCAGGCGUUAUCAGUUGGGAGUUUUUCGACAGAAACCCAAUCGAGUUCAAACAACUCCUGAAUGUUUGCUGCAACCUUUCAAGCCUCAAACUUGAGAUCGACACAGGCUUAAUCGACACAGGCCACGAUGACGACAGGAUCCUGGGGUCCGAGGUUCCCGACUGCCGCGUCGUCAUGAAGAAGGGAUUGCUGCGUUACUUCUUAGCCGCCUUGCCUCGUCUUCAAGUGCUCUCUAUCUUGUUCACCUUCCGCAAUGAGAAGUUCGAUCUCUAUCCUGCUGGCCUCGAAGAUGUUCUGGACCCCGGCCACAAAUGGGUGGACUUGAAAGAGCUGAACCUUCAGAACAUCGAGUGCACGAGACAAGAAUUGAUGGCUACCCUCACCUUGCACAAAGACACUCUUCGAACACUGAGUUUGAACAGCAUCUCACUCAAGAAUACCUCGUGGCUCAAGCUUCUACCCGACCUCCGCAACAACUUGGAUCUUGAGGAAGCCAUGGUGGACGAGAUAUUCGGUGGCUCAGAGCUGUACCAUGGAGUUCCCGAAUACUGGUCCCUCUCCGGUCCCCGGUCUGAUCCUGCAGAGGAUGAUCUCCGAUACGAGCUUGUGAGAUAUCUUGUGAAGUCGACAGAUGAGCUCCCACUAUCUCACAGUAACAUGGGACCCUAA